GAGAAUGGACCCAGCUCGGCUCUCGCCCGGGCUUCCCCGGGCUGGAGAGCGCGCCUGAGUGCCGCCGCCCGCCGGGCAUGGGGAACUGCUUCCUGGGCGGCUGCGGCAGCGGAGGAGGAUGGUCUCGGCGAGCCUAGACUCUCAGGGCCUGUGUGGGACAUCGUCAUGAAUGAAAGGAGGAAGUAAUACCAUAUUGGAUGUGCCUGUCUGCUGCUGCUGUUUAGAAAGAGAACGAUGCAUUAUGGGGAAACGCUCGAAAGGAGUGAAUGAAAUGUGCAGCUUGGGGUGUCAUUUCUGAAGGGAGGAGUCGUUUUCUUGGAGAGGAGUCCUCAAUGAGCCUGGCCGAGGCCCGGGAUCUGUGUGAAGUGGACUAAGGAUUUAGUAGGAUGUCAACUGAGACAGAACUUCAAGUAGCUGUGAAAACCAGCGCCAAGAAAGACUCCAGAAAGAAAGGUCAGGAUCGCAGUGAAGCCACUUUGAUAAAGAGGUUUAAAGGUGAAGGGGUCCGGUACAAGGCCAAACUGAUCGGGAUUGAUGAGGUUUCCGCAGCUCGGGGAGACAAGUUAUGCCAAGACUCCAUGAUGAAACUCAAGGGCGUUGUUGCUGGCGCUCGUUCCAAAGGAGAACACAAACAGAAAAUCUUUUUAACCAUCUCCUUUGGAGGAAUCAAAAUCUUUGAUGAGAAGACAGGGGCCCUUCAGCAGCAUCAUGCUGUUCACGAAAUUUCCUACAUCGCCAAGGACAUCACAGAUCACCGGGCCUUCGGAUACGUUUGUGGGAAGGAAGGGAAUCACAGAUUUGUGGCCAUAAAAACAGCCCAGGCGGCUGAACCCGUUAUUCUGGACUUGAGAGAUCUCUUUCAACUUAUUUAUGAAUUGAAGCAAAGAGAAGAAUUGGAAAAAAAGGCACAAAAGGAUAAGCAAUGCGAACAAGCUGUGUAUCAGGUUCCCACCAGCCAAAAGAAGGAAGGUGUUUAUGAUGUGCCAAAAAGUCAACCUGUAAGUAACGGCUGUGCGUUUGAAGAUUUUGAAGAACGGUUUGCAGCGGCGACCCCUAACAGAAACCUGCCGAUGGACUUUGAUGAGAUUUUUGAGGCAACAAAGGCUGUGACCCAGUUAGAACUUUUUGGGGACAUGUCCACCCCUCCUGAUAUAACCUCUCCCCCCACUCCUGCAACUCCAGGUGAUGCCUUUAUCCCGUCUUCAUCUCAGACACUUCCGGCGAGUGCAGACAUGUUUAGUUCUGUACCUUUCGGCACUGCUGCUGUACCCUCAGGUUAUGUUGCAAUGGGCGCCGUCCUCCCAUCCUUCUGGGGCCAGCAGCCCCUUGUCCAACAGCAGAUCGCCAUGGGUGCUCAGCCACCAGUCGCUCAGGUGAUGCCAGGGGCUCAGCCCAUCGCAUGGGGCCAGCCGGGUCUCUUCCCUGCCACUCAGCAGCCCUGGCCCACCGUGGCCGGGCAGUUUCCGCCAGCCGCCUUCAUGCCCACACAAACUGUUAUGCCUUUGCCAGCUGCCAUGUUCCAAGGUCCCCUCACCCCCCUUGCAACCGUCCCAGCCACGAGUGACUCCGCCAGGUCAAGUCCACAGACCGACAAGCCCAGGCAGAAAAUGGGGAAAGAAAUGUUUAAGGAUUUCCAGAUGGCCCAGCCUCCACCCGUGCCCUCCCGCAAACCCGACCAGCCCUCCCUCACCUGCACCUCAGAGGCCUUCUCCAGUUACUUCAACAAAGUCGGAGUGGCACAGGAUACAGACGACUGUGAUGACUUUGACAUCUCCCAGUUGAAUUUGACGCCUGUGACUUCUACUACACCAUCGACCAACUCACCUCCAACCCCAGCCCCUAGACAGAGCUCUCCAUCCAAAUCAUCUGCAUCCCACGCCAGUGAUCCGACCACCGAUGACAUCUUUGAAGAGGGCUUUGAAAGUCCCAGCAAAAGUGAAGAGCAAGAAGCUCCUGAUGGGUCACAGGCCUCAUCCAACAGUGAUCCCUUUGGUGAGCCCAGUGGGGAGCCCAGUGGUGAUAAUAUAAGUCCACAGGCCGGUAGCUAGAUAGCACAGGUCUGGGAGCUGGAGCCUCUUUAUGCGCAGAUCAACAAAUCUAAGAAAUAGCAUCAAUGCGGGCUUGUGGCGGGUGCUUCAAGACUGGCAUGGAAAUCAGCAUCGCGACAGGCUCUGUUGUAUUCUUUCACCUCACCUCAUCCCACGAAGAAAUUCAUGAUUGCCCAAUGGAACUCGUUUGGAAGAGGGAACUAAGAGUUUUUGGCAACCACUGGCAGAUAUCUAUGGCAGCACAAAAACAAACACACAAAAGCAUAAAAAAUCAUACCCAACGUUAAAUCACAAAUCAAGCAAAUGCUUACUUGACAAAGAGUUUAAGCUCUCUUAACACGUGGGUUUAAGAUGACCCAGUAUGUGAAACCAUAGUUCUCUUUUUAUUUCUCUACCGGUUGGCCACUGUAAAGACAUCAAAUUUGGAGUGACAGGCCUCAGAGAGUUACAUCAGGGUUGGCACUGAUGUCAUUUAGGCAAAAGUAAGAGGUCUCUGUCACCACAAUAUCAUCAUCCAUAUGCCUUUCCAAAUAGGAUGAUGUAUUUACAUGACUCCACAAGGCCUGGUCUGCCAUUUUUUCCCCUUUCCUUUCUUUGUCAUGUUUGAAAAUU